AUGAGAAGGAAAAGUAAUAUUAUCUGGAAUGUUUGUAUAAAUUCUAGAUACUAUUCCCGUAUAGCUAAAGAUUAUAUUAUUAAAGAUAUGUCGACUUUAAAAAUAUACAAUAAAAAAGAGAGAAAAAAUAUAUUAAAUUUUUUUAUGUUUACCUUUUUAAUUUGGAUAUUACAAUGUUCUAAUAAUUGGAAUUCUUGUAGGUCAUGGCACUGCGAAAAUGACUUAAAUGUGCUAAAUUUAGGAGAAAAAAGAUCAUUAGCAGAAAAUAAGGGUAUAACAAAACAAAGAAACGAGGGAUUGAAAUUACAUGAAGAACAAGAUAUAAUAGAGGUAAAUUUAGACUUAGAUAAUAAAAAAAUUGGAAUAGAAGAGGAUAUAGAUACAAAACAAGAAAAUGAACAAGAGGAAAAGAAAAAUAAAAAAUUAAAAUUAAAAGAAAGUAUUUUAGGAAAGUGUAGAAAUUAUUUUAAACUAACUACCUUAUCUAUUAUUUUUCUCUUAUCAUUUUCUUCACUUAUAACAAUUGUAAUUGAUUAUAUUAAUCCUACUUUGCACACGAUUUUAUUGUUUUAUACAUUAUCUAAAAUAUCUAUUUUAAUAUUUUCGACCCUUAUACUGUAUGAACAAAUCCAAAAAAAACGUAAUAAUAAAUCUUAA